AUGGUCCUCAUCAAGAGCUUCGUGCUCACCGGCCUCGCGGCCGUCGUCGCCGCCAAGUCUGCCGUCCUCGACCUCAUCCCCGACAACUUCGACAAGGUCGUCCUCAAGUCCGGAAAGCCCACCCUGGUCGAGUUCUUUGCCCCCUGGUGCGGCCACUGCAAGAACCUCGCCCCCGUCUACGAGGAUCUCGCCCAUGCCUUCGAGUCCUCCAAGGACGUGCAGAUCGCAAAGGUCGACGCCGAUGCCGAGAGGAGCCUGGGCCAGAGGUUCGGCGUCCAGGGUUUCCCCACUCUCAAGUUCUUCGACGGCAAGAGCGACAAGCCCUCGGACUAUAACGGUGGCCGCGAUCUGGAGAGCUUGACCAAGUUCAUCACCGAGAAGACCGGCGUCAAGCCCAAGCGAAAGCUCGAGAUGCCCAGCCAGGUCGACAUGCUGACCGACAAGACCUUCAAGGAGACCGUCGGCGGUGACAAGAACGUCUUCGUUGCCUUCACUGCCCCCUGGUGCGGACACUGCAAGACCUUGGCCCCCAUCUGGGAGAAGCUCGCCGAGGACUUUAUCCUCGAGCCUUCCGUAACCAUCGCCAAGGUUGACGCCGAGGCCGACAACAGCAAGGCCACUGCCCAGGACCAGGGCGUCUCCUCGUACCCGACCAUCAAGUUCUUCCCCGCUGGCUCGAUCGACGGCGAGGCCUACAACGGUGGCCGGUCCGAGGCUGACUUUGUCGCCUUCAUCAACGAGAAGGUCGGCACCCACCGCGUUGUUGGCGGAGGUCUUGACGCCACUGCCGGAACCAUUGACGUCUUGAACCACAUUGCCCUCAAGUUCGCCGCCGGUGGUAAUGCGCUGACGGAUCUGGCUGCCGAGGCCAAGAAGUCCGUCGAAGGUCUUGGCAAGGACGCCCAGUACAAGUAUGCCGAAUACUACAUCCGUGUCUUCGACAAGCUCUCCAAGAGCGACAACUACGUUGCCAAGGAGCUGGCUCGUCUGGAUGGCAUCCUCAAGCGCGGUGGACUCGCUCCCGCCAAGGUCGAUGAGCUCCAGAGCAAGACCAACAUUCUCAAGAAGUUCGUCGCAGACCUCGCCGACAAGGUCACUGGCAGCAAGGACGAGUUGUAG